CAGAUUUGAGGAGGAGGGUGCAGGGCAAGAGCCCGCGGAAGCAGCCAGUCUCCGCCCUCGGGGAGGAAGAGGCGGAGCCGAGCUCCCCUCGCUCGCUGCCCUCGGCUGGGCGCGCAAGCGCUGCCGGCCGUAGCCGGUCCCAGUGCAGACAUGGCCUCCGGAGCCGGCGCCACCUGCCCGGCCGUGAAGAUUGGAAUUAUUGGUGGAACAGGCUUGGAUGAUCCAGAAAUUUUAGAAGGAAGAACUGAAAAAUAUGUGGAUACCCCGUUUGGCAAGCCAUCUGAUGCCUUAAUUUUGGGGAAGAUAAAAAAUGUUGAUUGUGUCCUCCUUGCAAGACAUGGGAGGCUGCAUACCAUCAUGCCUUCAAAAGUUAACUACCAGGCAAAUAUCUGGGCUUUGAAGGAGGAAGGUUGUACACAUGUCAUAGUGACCACAGCCUGUGGGUCCUUGAGGGAGGAGAUCCAGCCUGGCGACAUUGUCAUUGUGGAUCAGUUUAUUGACAGGACAUCCCUAAGGCCUCAGACCUUCUAUGAUGGAAGUCAUUCCAGUGCCAGAGGAGUGUGCCAUAUCCCAAUGGCUGAGCCGUUUUGUCCCAAAACAAGAGAGGUCCUUAUAGAGACAGCUAAGAAGCUAGGACUUCGGUGCCAUUCAAAGGGAACGAUAAUCACAAUUGAGGGGCCUCGUUUCAGCUCCCGGGCAGAAAGCUUCAUAUUCCGUACCUGGGGAGCAGAUGUUAUUAAUAUGACCACAGUUCCAGAAGUGGUGCUUGCUAAGGAGGUUGGCAUUUGCUAUGCAAGCAUUGCCAUGGCAACUGAUUAUGAUUGCUGGAAGGAGCAUGAAGAAGCAGUUUCAGUGGACAGAGUUUUAAAGACCCUGAAAGAAAAUGCCAAUAAAGCCAAAAGUCUACUCCUCACUACCAUACCUCAGAUAGGGUCGAUGGAAUGGUCAGAAACACUUUGUAACCUGAAGAACAUGGCCCAGUUUUCUGUUUUGUUGCCAAGACAUUAAAAUAGCAUGACUGCCACAAGACAACUUUCUACAUCUAGUCAUUUUGAAGAUUUCGUUUAACUUUAAAAGACAAAAACGAGACAGACAUGCAGCGUUCAUGCCUUUGCCUGCAGAAAAACUACGUGUUGGGAGAAGGACAGACAGUGCACGACGUGUUCGAGACUCCACCUAAGAGACGUGACUACUCCAGAACACGGAGAAAACAAACGGCCAGUGGACAUGGGGAGCGUCUUACACUAUAGGGGAACAAAAACACAAGAUGUUAUCCAUCUUACAUCUCCCUGUUGAAUUACAACAAUAAUGAAUGGGGAAAAUAUCCAGUUCCCUAUCCUGCCACUGAAUAUGAGCUUGAAAUGGGACUCUGGCUGUCCUGUGAUUGUAGUUGGUAUGAUCUUUCUGGAGGGCAACUUGGUAAAGUUUUUAACUUAUGAACUUUGCUGCUCCUAGAAGUUUCUCUUUAAAUAGUUAUGAGAGAUUCAUACAAAGAAUCAGGUGUGGAGAAAAAUGUUUAAUAAUGUGAUUUGUGGCAAAUGUUCAAAACAAUGUGAAUCUGAAAAUUACAGGUAAAUUAUGUUUCCGUUAUAAUUAGACUGCAAAGCAGUCAAUUGAAGAUCAUGUUUAUGCAUAAAGAAAUGGUCACUAUAAUAUAAAAUUGAGCUCCUGAGUAAAUGCAAUUAUAACUCAACCCUGUUGCAAUGCUUUCAACUCUGGUUCUUGGAGAUCCAUGGAGAAUAUGGCGAGUCACAACUGGGAUUUUUGAUUGUUCACAGUGAUAUAGACAGUUCUGUAUUUUCCUUCAUUCUUAGUAGGUGUCUGAGAAUGUCGGGGUGGGGGUAGGAAUAUGUUUGGCUGUCUUGAGAACAUACAGUUCUCUCCAGCUAAGAGAGUCACGCUUUCUAGCAGAGUCGUAUUCAGACCACUACUUUUCUAUUUCCUUAGUCCUUCCUUCAUUGUAAGAUGUGUAAUAAUGUAAGAUCUACCAUCUUAACCAUUUUUUUAAUUUUUGAAUAUUAUUUUUAUUUUAUGGUGUAUUGUUUUGCCUACAUGUACGUAAGUGCACCCAUGUCUUGGCAUUCUUUUUUAUUAGCAUAUAUUCACUAGAAAGUGGUGGGUUUUGUUGUGAUCUUUUCCCAUCCAUAUCAUGUAUUUCACCAUUCAUGCCCCAUUACCGUCUUUCCUCACCUACCUCCUCUUCACUGUCCCCUCCCUCCUCCCGAAAGUGCCCUUUUUGUUUUCUGUCUAUGAGAGGUGUGACAUUUGUGUCUUAUUUUACUCUUCUGACUAAAUAAAAUCCCAGUGUGUUCUUUA